UUCUAUCCGUCUCCCAAAACAGGCCUCAGAACUUCGUGGUUGGUGUUGUGAAUGUGUUAUUUGGAUACUGCUUCACAAGAUGCAUUUGUCAGGGUGGAUCCUUGCGGUGGCUCUAGUUUUUGGGACCUCAAUUCUCAAGAUCACAUCCGCGGGACCUCUCCAUGCACAAUGCAAAGUAGAAUGGUAUUUUGGGAUCCCCUGUAGACAGGUCUAUGAAGGUCUGGUCACUCAGAUCAAGCAGUGGAGGACCAUGUCCAGCUGUGUGAUGGGGGGACAGAGGUGCCUCUACAAGCUCCAGGCAGCCUCUAUCCACUUCAUAGCAGCCAAACACACCACACCAUUUAAGAAGACUGUCGAUGACCUGACGUUCCGUCUGGUCUCCUUUGAGUUCUUCACCCACUGUCACGUCUCGGCCAUGUCUGUCUCAGAGAGCUGGUAUGCCAUUAGAGAUCACGGCACAAACUACUGCAACCUCUAUAAUCUCAUGGAAGGAAGUGGCCUUACAGAUGCCCCUGGAUACAAAGAGAUAACGAGUGACUUCCUGUGUACCCAGCGGUCCUCUGCUGACUGCACUGUAUACUGACACCAUGAUGGCCCAUGGUUCAUAUUGCAUGGCAACAGCUUGCUCACCGUCAGAUCAUUCCUCAUCAUCUGACAGUGUUAGCAGCACCGUAUUUUAUACACACACUGCUUUCGUUUUCUUUAAAGGUCUUCUUUUUUAUUUGAUCCAAUAAUUCAUAUGCUGUAUCUUUUUAUCCUUGUUAUCUUUUUACGUAUCGAUUUAAAAUGAUUGUUAUUGUACGGUAACUGCCCAUCUUGUAAUGAAGCAAUGAAGUCAAAAGGUUCAAGUAAGGAGUAGUGAGGUAAAAGUUUCAUCUGUAAGGUCUUUCCUGCUGUCUCAAGCCGGGAGAAAACGUAGUUGUAAAUAUAGUUCUCCUUUCAUUCUAUACCUCUUGAGGUGAGUCGCGUUCUGAGGGGCAUCGUUCUUUUUGACACCUAAACCAGUUUUCCUCUUAAAAGCAAUGGUGCCGGGGUAAAAAAAAAAAACACAGUGAGCUAUGUGAAUUGCAGGGCAGGUUUUUAUUAGCACAGCAAUAUGGUCAGCUGGGCUUUGCCAUCCAUCACAGCGAAGGCUUUUCAGAUCACUGCUAGAAGACACUUUGCCACGGACAUCAAUGUCUAUGGCUGCAUCCCAAAUGUCAACGUAUUCCCUAUAUAGUGCACUAGUUUUGACAUAGGCCCACAGGGUGCACUUUAUAGGUAAAGGGUGCCAUUUGGGAGUUAGACAAUCUAUGCUUUAGUUUAGCCAUAUAGCUUUCCUCUCUUGCCAAUAGGUGGCAGUGUCUACAAGCUCCUUUGUCUUGUUACGGUUAUCUGCACAAAUGGACUUUUUAUUAUCAUUAAACCACAGCAAUUCCAAUAUUUCAAAGAAAAGUUGUAUGCAUUUCACUAUGGAUAGAGAAAGUGGACUAGGAAGAGAGCAGGCAUUGCAUAAAGACUAUUGCUUUGAUUUUUCAUUUUUCCAGCACAUACGAACCACCACGCUUCACAGCUUAAGGGCAUAGAUUUCCCUGCUUUCUGAAGAAGUGUAACAUAACCGAAUGAUGUGUACUCAAAGAGAUCAACGAAUUGUUUAAUUCUGAUAGUAAGUAGACUAUUAUUUUCUGUGACUGUGUUAUCCAAUAUAAUGAUUGAAUUGAAACAGCUCUUCAGCUAACUCGGACACUACGGUAAUAUCAGGGCUUAAAUUGGGAUAGUGGUCGUGGAACUGACUUCAAAAUGAAUAGGCUCUGAGAGAUCAUUUUUAAUUGACAGUUUUAUGUCCAUCUGACAGUUAGCAUCGUCCUGUCCUCCAUCCAAAUGUGGAUGAACGCUGUUCCACUUCAUAUUCCAUCCAGUCCAAUUUAACAGCUGUUUAUUUAAUGUGUAUGUUGUAACACAUGCAAAUAGUUUUUGUUUUAGGUGUGUCAAGUUACAGAUAUUUUGAAAGCAUGGCCAAACUCUCGUUCACUAUGUUUUUUUGGGAACAGGAUGUAUUACGACCUCUUCCCUGUGGCAUCAGUAUUUUGGAGUGCAUAUGAUCCUAUGCUGUGUGCAUAUCAUCAUGCGUACGUUUUUGUAUGUGCCCUUUCAACGGGUGCUUUACAUGGUUAGACAGGACAGGCCCAUGACAGUGCAUUCCCUUUUCCUGCCCACAUAACACAGACAGUGUUGAAUACCCUCUUAAAACAAAAGACCCCAAAAACCCAUAGCCUGGAAUCUAAACUGAUAUGCUCAAUUUCACCAUUAAAACAGAACAUAUCAGUUUGGAUUCCAGGCUAUCAAAAUCCUGCCCAAAACAAUGAUUUUGACAAGGGGCCCCAGGGCCAUCAGGGGCCUUAUAGUCCCUGUCUGAGAUGUCUGCCUGGUGCUAUGUCCGAAAUGGCACCCUAUUCCCUAUAUAGUGCACACAUUUUGAUGAGAACCCUAUGGGCCCUUAUCAAAAGUACUGCACUACAUAGGGAAUAGGGUGCCAUUUGGAAGGAAGCCAUGACAAGGUCCAGAGUGGCAGGGGGACGAGGUAAUCACAGGCUGUGUAUUGAACAAUAUUGAGAAGCACAACAAUACCAUCUAUAAAUCACCAUUGAGAGUAUGAGAGCCACGCUGGGUCCAGGAUCUCAAGGACAAAACAGGCUGUCUCCUCUAGCCGGAAGGGAACCAACCUUGUAAAAAGUGUCUGCUCGCUUUAUACAAGGCAGUGUUAUUGUUGUGGACUGUAACCCACAUACUACCUUGCCUUAAUGGUUAAACUGUUAGGAUUUGUUUUGGUGUAAUUCACAAUUAAAUAUAGUUGAUGCAUAAUGUUUUACAGUAUAUGAAGAGAACUAGGUUUCUUUCACAAACCGUUGGCUCAAAGUAAGAAAGGACCUAACAUGACACAAGCUAAUAGUAAUUAGCGAAUGUGUCUCCCUGUAUUAUACACAUUGACACACAACACCUCCCUAUAGGAGUCUAAGGAGCAGAGAUCUCUAUCUCCACUACACUGAGUGUAUGCUAGUUCUCUGUGAGGAGAUGCCAGAGCGGAUCCAUCACUCUGGUUCCACCACUCUCAUUAGCUGUGACAGAACAUUAGCUCAGUGGAGGAGUGGAGGAAUGGAGCUAGUAUGGUUCUAGAGCGGGAGGGUUCCGUUACAUAUGACCAUGUGACCCAGUCACUAGCAUUAAGGAUCACCCUGCCUCAGAUCACCACAUUCAUACUGUGACGGCUUCUGUGUGUGUGUGUGUGUGUGUGUUAAUGCCCCUUGAGAUCCAUCUGAGUUGGUAUGGAUCUAUUGUAUGAUAUGAUCCUCCCCAAACCUCUCAUUUACAAAAUGUCUUCGUUCUUUUGACGCCCUUAUAGCAGCAGUGCAAAUUAUAUGUGAGUAUAGAGCCAUGUAGCGUGGUGUGUGUUCUUUAACACAGUGGGACACAAACAUACCUGACAGUGUUUAAGCUGUCACCUCCAGCUAGCUAACCCCACUUGGCUUUCUUCCACUGAGUGUGUUUGUCACACACACACACACACACACACACACACACACACACACACACACACACACACACACACACACACACACACACACACACACACACACACCAACUGUCUUCUUAUAAUUUUGAACUCUUGUAUGGCUCUGUCUAUUAAUUUGAGUGGUAGCAUUUCUACUACCCCAUCCCGGACGUUUUUACCUAAACAGUGGUGGGGGUUCCAGCUUUGUGAUUGAUUGAACUGCAGCUCUGUUCAAAAAAAUAUCUACCGUAUGUAUUAUAGGUACAGUAACAGUCUGUCUGAAAGGCUAACAGUUUUAAAUACAAUUUGUUGUCCUUUUAAAGAAGAAAAAUAAAGUAAUACAUUCCUUAGAAAAUGUUUAUGAAUCAAGUUUAUUUAAAAUAAGUUAUAUUGGUCUUCUAAUAUUUCAACUAUAAUGCAUAUUUUUUGGCUCUCAACACCUGUACAUUGUAUUUCAUUCAGCCUAUUUAUAAAGCCGCUGACCCCUUUCAAUGACUCAAUAU